AAGCAGCUGCCCGUGUGGGCGUCGGACAAAGCAGCCAUGUUUCUCGUUGGCAGCAGCAUGUGCUGACUGAGGCUUGACUCACAAUACAGAUACGGCUCGAUUGACAGCAGGCCUCUCUGUCAGGUCAAUUGAGAUCCAAGUCAGAUCUGAGCCCCAGACACCAAACACCUUUGGAAAGCAUCAGAUCUGUCAGCUGCGGGUGUCCAGCAGCUCAUUCAGUUCGCCAAGUUUUCCGAACGUGGCGGAACACAUCACGUCCACUGCAAUGGCGAGCCAACAACCCAUUGGGUCAGGCCAGGCCGACCUGCCGCCCGUCGAUAUCAAGCCAUUGUUGACCAAGCUUUGGCCCGUCGACACCGAGGUCACGCCCGACGAGAUUGCCGAGGCCAUCUCUCACUUCUUCACCAAUCAAGUCACCGAGGCCCAGACGGCCUCGUUGCUCAUGGCGCUGCACUUCACCAAGAUGGACUUUCGGGCAGAUGUCCUGGCCAAGUGCGCCCACGUCAUGAUGCAGGCCGCCGCUCCCAUACCAACAGCGGAGCUGCGGCAAGUCCUGGAGCGACGCGGGAGGAAAGAGGGCAGUUACGGAGGUGGCCUGUGUGAUAUCGUCGGAACCGGCGGUGACGCCCACAACACCUUCAACAUCAGCACGACGUCUUCUAUCCUUGCGUCGGCGCUGCUCUUGGUAUCAAAGCACGGCAACAAGGCCAGCACGUCCAAGUCGGGCAGCGCGGACAUGGUCAACUGCAUGCAGCCGCGGGCCCCCAUCAUCAGCGCCGUCAAGCCCGACUCCCUUGUCAAGGUCUACUCGGCCACCAACUACAGCUUCCUGUUCGCUCCCGUCUUCCACACCGGCAUGCGCUACGUGGCACCCGUCCGCAAGCAGCUGCCGUGGAGGACUAUCUUCAACAACGUGGGUCCGCUGGCGAACCCCGUCGACGACGUGCUUGAGGCGCGAGUCAUUGGUGUUGGCCGCAGAGACCUCGGGCCUGCAUUUGCCGAGGCUCUGAGGACGGCCGGUUGCCGAAAGGCCCUGAUCGUCUGCGGAGAGGAAGAGCUCGACGAGCUCAGCUGCGCCGGCCCGACGCUCUGCUGGAUGUUGAAGGAGAAGACGCCCGGCGGCGAGAUAUCCGUCGAGCACUUCAAGGUGUCGCCGAGCGACUUUGGAUUCCAGCCACACCCGCUGAGCGAGGUGUCGCCGGGCAAGGAGCCGGCCGAGAACGCCGAGAUCCUGCGCCGCAUCCUGCACGGCGAGAUGCCCGAGGACGACCCUCUCAUCGAUUUUGUUCUCAUCAACACUGCCGCCCUCUUGGUCGUGUCUGGCAUCUGCGAGUCGAACACCAGCGACAUGGGGCACGGCGACGACGGAAAGGUCGUCACGGAGCGCGGUCCGGCGGGGCAGCGCUGGAAGGAAGGCGUGCGAAGAGCCCGCUGGGCCAUUAAGAGCGGCGAGGCAUGGAAACAGUGGCAGGCGUUUGUGGACGUGACCAACGAGAUUGGUGCUUGAUCAACAAAGGGGUCAAUGCCUAUGUAUCCUGCUACAUGCAAAUCAUACAGGGCGAGUACAUGGGAAGCUGCCGGCCUCCAAAGGGCAAUGCUAGCGAAACGUCGGUCGUCGCCGGAUAGGUCAAGGGGCGAUGGGCCGGCGGCGACGUCGCUAGCGAACGUGCCACAGCAGCUCUCGCAUCGGUCGCGGAUGUGUCUUCCAUGCUGGGGUGGUGCGCGAGGGAUCGAGACCUGUCCUGACGGACGCCAGCCUCCCAUCGCUUCCAGUCUCGCACCAUGCCGACGGGGCUCUCCACCGGCGUGUCGACUUCAGUGUCGCCGACGUCCUUCUGCUGCUGCUGCUGUUGUUGUCUGUCUGGGCUUUGCGGCUUCUCGACUUGUUGUUCUCCGUGUUGGCGCGGGUACGACUCGUCGCCCUCGCCGUAACAAGGGAGCGGCUGCUGCUGCAGGGUGUCGUGCGACGAGGCGCGGCUGGCGAGCGACUUGCGAAUGAUUUCCGCCCUCUGCGCCUCCAGCUCCUCGUCGUCGACGACGACGACGCUGCGCAUGCUGCGCAUGCUGCCGCCGAUGCUCAGCGACGGCGACGGCUUGGGCCACGUCGCGGUGAGACUGGGCGGCCUGCUGCUCAUAGGGACCCCCACGACGACGACGGGCUGCAUGUCGGCGGGCCCGCCGGCGACCUCCCGGUACGGCCUCCGCUUCUUGUACUGUCGGUGGAUGAGCGAUGCGGUGAUGCCGACGACGCAUAGGGCGCCGAAGACGAUGCUGAUGACGACCCAGGGCCUGCUCCCCAGGGGUGGCGGGGAAGAGGUGGAGUCAUCGGGAGAGGCCGCGGCUCGGUUGCUCACGGGAGCCAUUGGAUGCUUGCUUGCCUCCUGGCGAUUUGCCUCCUGAAGAGCGAUGGGCGGUGGGUGUUACGGGAGCGGGAGCGGGAGCGGGACGGGGAAAGAAAACAAAGUGCCUUUUCUAGAUGCGGAAACGAAGACGAUGACUGAACGCGAGGUGCCAGGGACUCGACUCGCCAGCGCCAGAGGUUUGCUGGCCCUUCUUAUGCAUGCGUACGUACUUGGUAGGCGCAUCGAGACAGUCCCGGGCUCCCAGGCAGAGCAACCCCAACUCAUGCACAUACGUUAC